CACGGAGCAGAGGGAGGAAAGAUGGCGGCGGCCCAGACCGAUAGAGAUCCACCGUCCGCUCUAUGUUCUGAAUUCCUGAAUUUCUCCGCCAAAGACACCGCGUCGCGGUGGCUGGCGGCAGCCGACCUCCAGCAGGAGGUCUACCAUCACCUCUCUGUGUACGUACCCAGAAUCUUCUGCCUCGGGCCGCGUAUGGGGGGCAGCAGCAGGGAGGAGCAGAGGGAGGAGCUGGCCACUCAGCUGCUCCUCCUCGCCCCUCUGGAGUGGCUCCUGCUGGGGGAGGAGCCAGCAGCCGGCCUGGCCCUCCUGCAGGAGAAAAACCAGCCAUCUCCGCUGUGUGGCCACGUGUUCAAGGUGGGAGAGCCCACCUACUCCUGCAGGGAAUGUGCAGCUGAUGCCACCUGUGUUCUGUGCAUGCAGUGUUUCCUGGGAAGUGUUCACAAAGAUCAUCGAUACAGAAUGACCACGUCAGGAGGUGGAGGUUUCUGUGACUGUGGAGAUGCUGAAGCCUGGAAGGAAGGUCCGUACUGUGAGAAACACACUCCUGCAGAUGGCAGCAGAGACUUAGAAGAGGAUCCUGUAGCUCAGCUGUCAUCUGACAUGGUUGCCAGGGGUUACAGCAUCUUCUCCAUCAUCCUGAAGUACGCCGUAGACAUGCUGACCUGGGAACAGGAAGACCAGCUGCCUGCAGGACUGGAGCCCCAGGGAAAAGGAGACACGUACUACUGCAUGCUGUUCAAUGAUGAAGUCCACACGUAUGAGCAGGUGAUCUACACGCUGCAGAAAGCUGUGAACUGCAGCCAGAAGGAAGCCGUCAGCUUCGCCACCACAGUCGACAGAGAUGGCAGGAAAUCGGUCCGAUACGGAGACUUUCAGUUCUGCGAACAGGCCAAGUCUGUCAUCGUGCGGAACACCAGCCGCCAGUCAAAGCCUCUCCGGGUCCAGGUGAUGCACUCAUCAGUUGUGGCUCAUCAGUGUUUCGCUCUGAAGGUUCUGAGCUGGUUGGGACAGAUCAUUCAAUACUCUGAUGGCCUGAGGAGAAUCCUGUGCCAGGUGGGCCUGCAGAAAGAUCCAGAAGGAGAGAACUCCUCGUUUGUGGACCGCCUGAUGCUCAACGACUCCAAGAUGUGGAAAGGAGCGAGGAACAUCUACCACCAGCUGCUCAUGAACAGCCUACUCAUGGACCUCAAGUACAAGAAGAUCUUUGCCAUCCAGUUCGCCAAGAACUACAGACGCCUCCAGACAGAUUUUAUGGAGGACAACCACGAGCGAGUGGUGUCAGUGACCUCACUGUCUGUCCAGCUCUUCACCGUCCCCACCAUGAGCGACUACGUGAAAGACGACCACGACCGUGAGUUCUCCAUCACUGACCUGUCAGUGCAAAUGUUCACCGUCCCGUCACUGGGCCGGAUGCUUAUGGUGGAGGAGAAUCUGAUGACCACCAUCGUCAGGACCUUUGUGGAUCACCUGCGUCACAGAGACCUUCAGGGACGCUUCCAGUUUGACCGCUACACAGCACAACAGGCCUUCAAGUUCGGACGGGUCCAGAGUCUCAUCGGAGACCUCAAGUACAUCCUCAUCAGCCCUCCUUCUGACUGGACCCAUCAGCUCAGAACCAAAUUUCUGGAAGGUUUUGAUGCUUUUUUGGAACUGCUCAAGUGUAUGCAGGGAAUGGACCCCGUGGUGAGACAGGUGGGUCAGCACAUUGAGAUGGAGCCGGAGUGGGAGGCAGCAUUCACCCUGCAGAUGAAGCUGACACACAUCAUCUCCAUGAUCCAAGAGUGGUGCUCCACCGACGAGCAGGUGCUGAUUGAAGCUUAUAAAAUGUGUCUGAGCGCGCUCAGUCACUGUCACAGUGGUCUCCCUGACGGUGAGCAGCCAAUCAGCCUGAGUCUGGCAGGUCACUGUGUGGACACAUUUAGGUACCAGGUAUCUCAAGACAAAGUGUCCAUCCAUCUGCCGGUCUGUCGCCUCCUAGCAGGCCUCCAUGUUCUCCUCAGCAGGACGGAGGUGGCGUCUCAUUUCCCUGAGCAGCUUCCACUGGGGGAACUCAGUCCCCACCUUUUGAUUGAGCUGCCCCUCCGUUGCCUGGUGCUCUGUGCCCAGGUGCAUGCUGGGAUGUGGAGGAGGAACGGAUUCUCUCUGAUCAACCAGAUCUAUUAUUACCACAACGUCAAGUGCAGAGUGGAGAUGUUCGACAAAGACAUCAUCAUGCUGCAGGCCGGGGCGUCCAUGAUGGAUCCGAACCACUUCCUGAUGAUCGUUCUGAGUCGGUUUGAACUGUUUCACGUUUUCAGCUCUUCAGACAUCAGGAAGAGAUACAGGGAGGCCAACAAGGACCUGGUUCAGCAGAACACUCUGAUUGAGGAGAUGCUUCACCUCAUCAUCAUGAUCGUCGGCGAGCGGUAUGUGGCUGGAGUCGGUCAGGUGGAGCCGUUUGAUGAGGUCAGAAGAGAAAUCAUCCAUCAGCUGUCAAUCAGACCGAUGGCUCACAGUGAGCUGGUGAAGGCUCUGCCUGAGAAUGGGAAUAAGGAGACGGGUCUGGAGAGAGUCAUCGACAGCGUUGCAUCAUUCAAGAAACCGGGUGUGACGGGUCGAGGUCUGUACGAGCUGCGUCCCGAGUGGAACAAACACUUCAACCUGUACUUCCAUCACUACAGCCGAGCAGAUCAGUCCAAGGCAGAGGAGGCUCAGAGGAAGUUGAGGAGGCAGAACGGGGAGGACACAGCCCUGCCUCCCCCCGUGCCCCCCCAGCUCUGUCCCCUGUUCGGCAGCCUGGUGAACCUGCUGCAGUGUGACGUCCUGCUGGCCGUAGAGGGCGCCGUGCUGCAGUGGGCCGUGGAGCCCGGCGGAGGGGGCUGGACCGAGUCCAUGCUGCAGAGGGUUCUCCACCUGGUGGGCAUGGCUCUGCUGGAGGAGCAGCAGCAGCUGGAGAGCAGCAGCAGAGAUGAUGAUAUCACCUUCAACUACACCUGCAAGAUCACACGUCCAGGUGAAGCUCCCAGUACUUCAGGAAGUGUCCUGGCUUUGUUGGAGAGUCUGCAGAACGCUCCUCACCUGGAAGUUCAUAAAGAUAUGAUUACAUGGAUCCUCAAGAUGGUGGGAAACAUCAAAACCAUAAGAGAACGAACGUCUUUGACCUCCACCGUCACCAUCAACCAGGGACAAGGACCAGAGGAGACGGUGAGAGACAAAGACAAGGCGGAGAGGAAGAGGAAGGCGGAGAUGGCUCGGCUCCGCAGGGAGAAGAUCAUGGCUCAGAUGUCCGAGAUGCAGAAACAUUUCAUCAACGAGAACAAAGAGCUGUUCCAGCAAAGUAUGGAGGAGCUGGAGGCCUCGACGUCUGCUGCCGAGCACAGUCCUUCUAGUUCUGAGCUCACCUGUACCUCUCAGGUGUGUGUUGGUCCCAGGAGGGUGGGUGGAGCUGAGCGCCGUCAGCUGGUGACCUGCAUCCUGUGUCAGGAGGAACAGGAGGUCAGAUGUCAAGGCAGAGCCAUGGUGUUGGCUGCGUUUGUCCAGAGGUCCACUGUUUUGUCCAAAAAUCGCCACCGCAGCCUACCUGCCCCAGAACGUCAUGACCCUCUGUUCAUGCACCCUGACCUCUCCCUGGGGAUCCACACAGCCAGCUGUGGACACAUCAUGCACGCCACCUGCUGGCAGAGGUACUUUGAAGCCGUCCAGCUGAAAGAGCAGAGACGUCAGCAGCGCCUGAGAGGACACACCAGCUAUGACGUAGAGAACGGGGAGUUCCUCUGUCCUCUGUGCGAGUGUCUGAGCAACACCGUGAUUCCUCUGCUGCCACACACACACACCCCUGACCACAGUGCUGACCAUCCCAGUCUGGAAGCAUGGCUAAAGACGACCAGACAGCAGAUAGAAGCAGUGAACUCCGCCCACAGGAAGCCGUCUGAGGGUGCAUCAGAGGGGGCGGAGCCUGAAGGGUUCAGAGCCACUUUAUCUCCACAGAUGCUGUUCUCAAGCAGUGUCAGUGAGAUGGUCACCACCUUCAGCAUGUCCGCCUACAAGGUGGGGCUGAAAGUGAACCCCAACGAGCAGGACCAGAGGGUCCCGGUGCUGAGCUGGUCCACCUGCGCCUACACCAUCCAGAGUAUAGAGCGCCUCCUGAUGGACGAGGGGAAGCCGUUGUUUGGAAGUUUACCUUGCAGACAGGAUGACUGUCUGAGCUCUCUGACCAGGUUCAGUUCGGCUUGUUGGACUUCAGCUCCACUGAAAACUGUUCACACUCACUUCAUCAGACUGUUCUCAGCUUUGCUUCCAGACUCUCAGGUAGAAGACACUCCGUGCAUCCUUGACAUCGACAUGUUUCACCUGCUGGUGUACAGCGUGUUGUCCUACAGUGCACUUCACAGUCCGGACCAAUCAGGACACAGCUUUGUGGAUUCAGGCCAUCUCCACCUUCUUCACCUGAUCACUGUGGCUCACCUGGUUCAGAUCCUGCUCACCUCCAUUACAGAGGAAGUAUGUAUGGAUCAGGACAGUGGUGGGUCAGAGGAGGAGGAGCUUACCUGUCAGCUUUACAGUACUCUGAGGAAACACCUGGGCAGUGUGCUACCUGAGGUGUCCUCUGGGUGGCAGCUCUGGAGCUGCGUUAAACUUGGUAUCCUGCCGUUUCUUCGGGCUGCUGCUCUCUUCUUCCACUACCUGAACUCUUCAGUGCCCCCUGCUGACCUGAUGGUUGCAGGUCCUGGUCAGUGGGAGGCGCUGUGCAGCUACCUCAGUCUGCCCUCCAACCUACUGCUGCUUCACCAGAGCCAACACACACUGCUGGAGCCACUCAUACACAGGUGGUGCUGUCAUCCAGGUGUGAGACGGACUUUGCAGGGGGGCGGAGUCUUGGUCAGAUUCCCCAGAGAGUCCAACAGACUGAUUGAUCUGCCAGAAGAUUACAGCAUCCUGAUCAAUCAGGCAUCCAGCUUUACGUGUCCGCGUUCAGGCGGGGAUAAGUCUCGCGCUCCAACGCUCUGCCUGGUCUGCGGCUCCAUGCUGUGCUCUCAGAGCUACUGCUGUCAGACGGACGUGGACGGAGAGGACGUCGGGGCCUGCACCGCCCACACCUUCACCUGCGGAGCAGGUGUCGGCCUCUUCCUCAGGGUCAGAGAGAGUCAGGUGUUGUUUGUUGCAGGUAAAACAAAGGGCUGCUUCUAUCCUCCACCCUACCUGGAUGACUAUGGAGAGACCGACCAAGGCCUCAAGCGGGGCAAUCCCCUCCACCUGUGCACGGAGCGUUAUGAGAAGAUCGAGCGUCUGUGGCGACAGCACGGCAUCGCCGAGGUCAUUGGUCACGCUCAGGAGGCCAAUCAGACGCUGGUCGCCAUAGACUGGCAGCACCUCUGAUGGACCCGUCGUAGAUGCCCAAAGAGGUUGCUGCUGAUUGGCUCUCUGAUCACACUUCAUUCAUCCCGCCCCCGUUUUCUUUUGUUUUUUUUUAACCCUUCACUGAACCGAUCAGCUUUCAGGGAUUAUUAUUUUCUAACCGUAUUUGGAUUCUGACCUUUGACCCCUGACCCUCAGCAUGUCUUAGUCCACCAAUCAGAGGCAACAUCAAUGACGUCAUCAGUUUACGAACAGGAAGCUGAAGCUUUUGAACUGAACGGCUCUGAGUGAUGCCCCGCCCACCCAGCGGAAUCCUCCUUUCUGAUUGGCUGAGAGAUGCAGAUAUAUCAGUUACUGCAGUUGUUCUCAGGUGAAUCCUUCACCAAAAAACAGCCAAUGACAGGGCUUCGUUUUGCAGCUAGGUAACAGUCCAACAGGCUGGGUUCCCAUGGCAACAGAUGUGUUUGAUGAUGCGAUUACUUUGCAGGAUUACCAGUUCCAACAUGAUGCCACUUCAUUUGGAAAAUAAUUGGAAAUAUGUCUCAUUUAAGCUGAAACAGCUCUUAGAUCAAUACAUUUUUACAGUCAGCUGAUUAAUCAAUUUGAUUGAUGGGGCAAAUGUUUACUAAUUCCUGUGUCUCCAUGGCAACAGUGAAAUGCAAAGGACUGGAUUAGAUCUUACUGAUCAGUAAAAGAACUGACUGAUUUAAGAGGUGGAGCUUUAGCAGAGUACUGGUCAUUACAACAUAUCUGAGCUGCUUAUCGAUUAGAAACAGCUGAUGAGUUUUACUUUAGUUUUUUAGUGUUUCAUUUAAAGAGGUCAUUGGUGGCGUGCUGUGUGAUGUCACAUCCUGUUUGAGUGUUUUGAGUUUGAAACAAACGACAGAUCUUUGAACGAGUGACAAUGUGAUCCAUGGUUUUCAGUCCACUUUCAUUUGUAUUAACGAGGGUCAGCGGAUCGUCCGGACAGCGACGCCUCAUCAUCACGUCGUUCAUCACAUGACUGUUAAUAUGUGAAUUCUUGUAAAAAUGGCUAAAUGUACAAUAUUGUAUAAGAACAACCAAUAAAAAUGGACUUUAAAGA